CCUCUAGCCGCCACCCACCUCCAUUUCCGCGCCGGCCGAACCCAUCUCCGCCACUAUGCACCGCUGCCAGCGCCCCCGCAGCCAACCACGUCGCGCCACCAUACCUCUCAGCCGCCUUCCAGCCAACCCCAGCGCGCCACGCGUUCCCCCCUGCGCCCCACUUCACCGCGGCCCGCGGAGCCCGUCGCUGGCCCGCGCCGGGCCAAAUCUGGGCCUGGACGAGCCCAUCUCUGCCCGAACACCGCCGUUCGUCCCUCGCGCAAGCCUGCGCCUCCUCCCGCUCGACCCCGAGCUGGAUCGGAGGAGCGCCGCCAUCGCCCCUCCCGCCGGCGAGCCGACGCCGACGAGCCUCCUGCCGGUGACCAGCAGCCAACUUGGACAGGGUCUUCAUGGAGCUCGCCGCCUCGCGCCGGCGUGCACUGCCGGACGCCGCCACCACCGAAAACGGACACCUCGCGCCCGGAUCUGUGCCUCUCCACCCGGAUCUGCUCCAUCCCACCGGACCCCUGCCUCCCCUCGCCAUCCCACCGCCGCCAUGACCUCCUGCUCACCUGGAGCAGAGGAGGAGGUCGAGCGAGCCCCUCUAACGGGCCACCUCCCACGCCCCAGCCCAGAUCCGCCGGCCCAAGAGGCCCAUGGUGUUGCCUCUUCGGGUUAGUUCUGAUAACGUCGCGUUUGUGAGGAUCCGUUCGA